UUCCACCCACCCAUCCGUUCAUCCAUCCACCCAUCCAUCCCGAGCCAUGCGGGGGCUCGCCCUCCUGCUCUGCUCCGCCGUCAUCUGCUGCACCGCGGCGCCGGCUGCGCUGCCGGCCCGAGAUGCCACCGUCGCCGAGCAGCCUGCGCCGACGGCAGCCGAGCCGCGGGUGAAGUUCUCGCUCCGCUCCGCCUCGCACGCCGGGGAGGAGGGUUGCGCGAUCGCCGUCGGUCACAGCGAGUGCCUGGAGGACUGCAGGUUCAACGUGACAGCCAAGACCUUCUUCAUCAUCCACGGGUGGACCAUGAGUGGCAUGUUCGAAACCUGGCUGGGCAGCUUGGUAUCCGCUCUCCAGAAGAGGGAGAAGGAUGCCAACGUGGUGGUGGUGGAUUGGCUUUCCCUCGCCCACCAGCUCUACACCGAUGCUGUGAACAACACACAGAUUGUUGGAAAAAGCAUAGCUAGGCUGCUUGACUGGUUACAGGAGACCCCACUCUUCCAGCUCGAGAACGUCCACCUGAUCGGGUACAGCCUGGGCGCUCACGUCGCUGGCUUUGCUGGUAACCACGUCCAUGGGACAAUAGGCAGGAUUACAGGUUUGGAUCCCGCUGGCCCUAUGUUUGAAGGAGUGGACCCUAGCAAGCGCCUCUCCCCCGAUGAUGCUAACUUUGUGGAUGUCCUUCACACCUACACAAGGGAAACACUAGGUGUUAGCAUUGGGAUCCAGAUGCCUGUAGGCCAUGUUGACAUCUACCCCAAUGGGGGAGACUUCCAGCCUGGCUGUGGUUUAAGUGAUGUCUUGGGAGCAAUUGCCUAUGGGACGAUCGGUGAAGUGGUUAAAUGUGAGCACGAGCGGUCUGUGCACCUCUUCGUGGACUCCCUCGUGAACCAGGACAAACAGAGCUUCGCGUUCCAAUGCACCGACUCCAGCCGCUUCAAGAAGGGCAUCUGCCUGAGCUGCCGGAAGAACCGCUGCAACGGCAUCGGCUACAAUGCCAGGAAAACACGGAACAGAAGGAACAGCAAGAUGUACUUGAAAACAAGAGCUGACAUGCCGUUCAAAGUCUACCAUUAUCAGAUGAAAAUGCAUGUCUUCAGCUACCAGGGCUUGGGAGAGGCUGAUCCCACUUUCUCUGUCACCCUUUAUGGCACCAAUGGAGACUCAGAACCUCUCUCUUUAGAAAUGCUUGAUCAAAUUGGCCUAAACGCUACUAACACCUUCCUGGUGUAUACUGAAAAGGACAUGGGUGAACUGAUGAAAAUAAAGCUCACCUGGGAGGGAACAUCUCAGUCAUGGUACGACCUAUGGAAAGAGCUGAAGAGCUACUGGUAUCGGCCUGCAAAGCUUUCCCAGGAGCUGCAUAUCCGACGUAUCCGUGUGAAAUCUGGGGAGACGCAGCAGAGGUUUGCUUUCUGUGUGGAGGAUGCCCAGCUAACCAGUAUAACUCCUGGUAAGGAGCUCUGGUUUGUGAAGUGCACAGAGGAAUGGCAAAAAAGAUCUGUUUCAAAUGUGCUCUGAAGACUUCUUUAAAGACACCGCUGGGCAACCUGGGUGGCUACAGAGAUGGCAAGAUCCUUUGGCAAAACUCUGGCUUGGAUCUAGAAUAACUAAACCAAUGUUAUCACUUCCCCAAGAAGCCUGGUUUGUGCAUUUAAACUUACCCUGACCUGUUACACAUUGCAUUUCCUGCCCUGCAUUUCCCGUUAACUAGAACUAUGGAUGAGAUCUUCACAGAUCUAGAGCUCAGCAAUGAUCUACUGGUUUGCCAGCCACUGGAGUUGAGAAGGUAACAGUGCUAACUGCCCAUCACACUGUUGGCAACAGAGCUGUCAAAAACAGAUUAGGAUCUAGCAUAGAAGUUAAUGUGGGUCCAAUAGCACUAUGGGCUAUGGAAAGAUGAGAUCAGCACAGGUCAAGUGUUUGGGGAUAUUCAGGGGAGGAAUAUGGGGAUAAGCACAAUGCCACUUACAAUUCGUCCUUUGCUUGCCUUAAAAAUAACCUGUUCUCUAUCUGGCUGAUAUUUAAAUCUCUGUAUUUUACCUUAUCAGAAGGUGGUACUCCGUCCUCACGGUACCUAGGGCAGAACACGUUGCAGAUGGCAGAUGAUGGUGUUGGCAGCUGCUCCUUGCUCUGGGUCACUGUCUGCGGUGAGACUGCCCAGUCCCAUGUGUUGAUCUCUUUGUAAGAGGCAAAAAGCAGCUGCCUCACCACUGACUGUAAGGGAGGAGGAAGGUAAUGAACCGUGAUUGCUUCAGAAGAGCUUUGCACCAGUCCCUUUAACUACUGAGAACACAUUCACCUCUGUCCUGGUGCUGCUCUGGUACCAGUGCACAGUUAAGACCUUAUCUUUCGCUGAAUUACUCAACUGAGCCAAACAGACAACAUCCUACCCCCAUUGCCUAAUGGCAGAUCCCGGUUGGAUUCCCUGGUACCAGGUGAACUUGGCUUUGCUCUGAGCUGGGCAGACUGAAGCUGUCCUGCUUGCUACAGCAGAGUGGACCUUGCCAGAGGUGAACUACAUUAUUAUCUGCUUUUGGGAAGGAGACUCGGUGGAAUGACUCUUGAAUUUCGGCGUGCAGAAAUGCUGUCUCGAAGAGUGGUGUUGCCAGAUCUGAAGACUUAACAAGUCCUUCUGAGGCCUGCAAUUCUCCGAGAUUUUGUAGAGCUUCAAUCCAACCAAAGCAAGCACAUUGGAGAUAUUUCUGUUUCUUUUUCUUUUCCUUUUUUCCUUUUUUUUUUUUUUUUGGUUGAUUGGGUUG